AUUAAUGCAUUUACAUUUGGUAUCACUGAAUGUUAUAUUUACGUGGCUUUGGCGGUCUUCAAAUCUUCCCUUUGGCUACGAAUUGAAUCGGAGGAAAUUUUAGUGAGCCAGGACGUGUCACAAUGAAUUCGGUUUUGAACGAGGCUCAGUUAAAACGCCUUUCAGAGCACAAAUACAGCGCGCAAUGCGUAUCGAUUCUAGACCCUUGCUUCCAAGUUUACUGGCGAUGGCUUGUGGAACAACUUCCUCUGUGGCUAGCUCCAAACACCAUUACAAUCUCAGGAUUAGUCAUCAAUGUAGUCACCUCCCUUAUUUUAAUGUGGUAUUGUCCUCAAGCCAAAGGAGAGGCACCAUGGUGGGCCUUUUUCUUGAGUGCUCUGGGACUGUUUGCAUAUCAGUCUCUUGAUGCAGUUGAUGGUAAACAAGCACGACGUACAAAAAGUGCUUCACCAUUGGGAGAAUUAGUAGAUCAUGGCUGUGACUCUGUUUCCAUGGUGAUAAUGAUGUUGGCUAUCAGUGUUGCAGUAGAGCUUGGGACACACCCUAGCUGGAUGUUCUUCAUAACAUUCACGGCAACCUUCAUGUUUUAUUGUGCUCACUGGCAAGCAUAUGUCUCUGGUACUAUAAAGUUUGGAACUGUGGAUGUAACAGAGAUUCAAGUUGCUGGUAUGGGUAUAUUCAUGGUGUCUGGAAUCUUUGGUGUUCAAGUAUGGUCCCAGCAGGUUCCUUACUUCAGUGUCACAUACAAGGAUGUUAUCUUCGGGGGUACCCUGUGUGGAACAAUUUACAAUCUUUCAUCAAUAUUUCUCCAAAUAUAUGAAGGUGGAAAAGGGAAAAAUGGAUCAACAGUUGCUGGCACUAGUGUUUUAUCACCAUUGUUUCCUAUUGCUGCAAUGUUAUACAUGGCUUAUCUUACUGCAACAACCUCCUCCACAAGUGUAUUCCAUAAGCACCCAUGUCUAUUUGUCAUGGCGUUUGGAAUGGCGUGUUCCAAGAUUACAAUCAAACUAGUGGUUGGUUGUAUGACACGGAGUCCUGUUGAAUUUAAAGAUUCCACAAUGAUCGGAGGAAUUCUUCAGAUUCUUAAUAUUCAUUAUGGCUCCCCAAUUGAUGAAUACGUUUUAUUGUGGUGUAUGAUGGGUCAUGUGUUGUUUGAACAGCUACGGUACAACUUCGCUCUUGGUACGGAUAUCUGUGACUACCUUGACAUCAGCUACUUCAGAAUAAAACCUAUGGAUAAGGAGAAGGACAAAUAGUGCGCCGUGACCUUCCACUUGUUAAGGGUAACCCCUGCUUUUCCUCCCUUUGAUCUUUUUUCUGACCAUUUUGUGAGCUGUGUUGAGCGGUAUUUAGCGUGAAACUUAUGUAAAACCCAGAUCAAAUGGGAUCAAGACUCGGUGUUGGCUGGGUUCUUCCUUCAAAUGUCAUCAACUGCUGUAACUUUACAGGAAAGCUUGCAUUAGGUGAAGGUCGGGAUGCGCCGGGCAGUAAGUCGGUGCUACAGAUUUCCGUGUGCAUUGCUUUCAAAGCAAGUCGAUGAGGGUGAAAAGCAAGUCGAUAAGGGUGAUAGGCUUGCUGUAAUUAUACGCAGGAAUUCAAAUAAGUUUGUUUUAACAAUGCGUGAAAUAGAAACUUUAUAGGCUUUCAAACACAAAAAUAUCUCUAUUUAACUCAAGUAUGUAACAAUACUGCGGUAAACCUUUUGCAUAGCAUUUGAUGUUUUGCUCUUAUUUUUAUCAGAGUGAAUUCUUUUUUUUUUUUUUUUUUUUACCCCUGGGAUGUCUGUUCGUCUUGUCGCCGCGACUUGUUGCUUGGUGCGUUCCGACCUUAACGAACUAUUUCAUCUGUAAAUCUGUCUGUCAAAAACGCGAUAAAUUUUUGAAAAUUUUACUAAGCCAAUCCAACUUGUCCUUACAAGCGAAAAAGCCCUUUACGUUUCGCCGACCGUCGUCCAAUUGGUUUGUGAGUCCGUUACGCUGUUAGCAUGCUAACGAUCCCGUUGAUCUUAUUUCCUGUGUGUCUUCCCUAUUCAUGAACAUGCUGUUUCCUUUUCUUUUUUUGACACUCAACUGAAAAUUGCUCUGAAGCGAGCCACCAAACAGUGGCUUUUUCAAACCCUCCAAUAGUAUUUUGAUAUACCAACCGAAAGGACAGAUAACGUCUGGUAUCAACUGAUGUGAGAAGUUACCAAGAACUGAUAGGUCAUGUGUUGUCGUUGAGUAGGUGGUUGGCAAAAAUAAUUCUUUUUUUAAAAGUAUGUAUUGUAAUUUGUAUUGGAAUUUGAGUUAUUAAUCGCAUCUGAUAACGCCCCCUCACCCUGAGAUAAUUAAGUGAGUUUAUAUCAACUUUUUAAGUUCUAAGGUUUGGUUAAAUAGACUUUUUCACUUCUGGGUUUAGUACGGUAGGUUUCUUAGUUAAUUGCGAAGACACAACGGUUUAUUGUUCUACUUUCAGCUUUAGUCAGUUCCUUUUGAAGUAAAUUAGAUACUUCCCUUCUUAAAAGUUAGGUAUAGAUGCAAUACUGUCGUCUUUACGAAAAUUCCUUAAACAACACAACGGGGGAGUAUAACAAACUUUGCUUCUUGUCGUCGAAAGUCAGAAUGCAGCACAUAAACAGUCUGAUGUAAUUUUGAUCUUCUGUAGAACACAAUUUUCAUUUUUUUUCUUCUCUAAUUACGUUCCAUUAGGCUUUCUUUGAGUUAUUGUUACCAGAAAUCUUUAAAGUCAAUCUUUGCGCUCCGUAUGGCUCUUGGGAGAUGAGUACAUACUUAGAUUCGCUCAUUAGCGAAAAAGAUGUUGAAAUAUUAUUAUCCUUAACGAAUAACUUAUUAAGUAGGGAGUGCGCUUGUACCCAUCACAAGUGUUAAAGCUCAGUAUGUCAGAAUCCAAAGGAAAUCUUUCCAUUAAAGAGCGCAUUUCGAUUGGGUGUCGUAAAACCAAAAUCCGUUUAAUCAGAUCGAAGAAUUAAAUAAAAGCACCAAAGCGCUAGUUGUGUUUGUUUGAGCAUCUUUGAAGGUUGAAAGGAUGGCGCAAAUUUUAAUAAACAUACACUAAACUUAGUAAAACAAACCCAUUGUAACCCCGAAUUAGUCUUGACACUCGAUUGAAAAUGGCUCUGAAUGGCUAGAUUACAAUUCGAAAGGGUUUCUCGAGAUUAUUUUUGCGAUCUCUCCACUUAAGACCUGUCUGAAUCGGAGUUGCGAUAUGAAGGGAAGAUUAUUAACGUUAUCUUGCGUAACUGUGACAUCAAUCCAUGUUACAUCUUGAAAGAAUCGCACCGAAUAAUGUCCAUUUAACCGUAAUUUUAAAAUUUAGAAUGCGAAGAAAUUUUGAUUUAGGCGUGUGUGAUGCCGAUUUAUAUUGUAGCUUAUUUUAAAUACUAAUUUCUCACUGCAUAUCACGGUGGUAACAUUAUCACGAGUGUAUGGAAAGAUUAUUUAUUUGAAUACAAAUUCUUCAGUUUUGUU